GUCACAGCGGAAGAGUUACAGUGUAACAUCAGUAUAUACAUACAUGUGAAUAUUUGGCAUGAUCAACGUGUUGAUUGCAUGAAAUCUGGCCAUGAAACGGUUGUACAUCGGUGGUCUCGGGCACACAGUGUCUGAGAAGGACCUCAAAGACAGAUUUGGAAAAUUUGGAGAUGUGUCAGAUGUGGAAAUCAUUACGAGGAAAGAUGAGAAUGGAGCUCCUCUGAAAACAUUUGGCUACAUCAACAUAAACAUCACAGAUGCUGAAUACAAAAGAUGUGUAGGCAUCUUAAAUAAAUCCACAUGGAAAGGUGGAACCUUGCUUAUUCAGUUGGCAAAAGAAAGCUUUCUACAUAGGCUUGCUGAGGAACGACAGCAACUGGUUGAAAAGACCAAGACCCCAAAGAUCAUCCCUCAGGAGAAAUUAGUGGACUCACUUAAAGUGACCGGCGGUGAGAAUUUCCACAUGAAAAUUCCCGGCCAUAAGAAUUGGGUCGUGAGUAAAUUUGGGAGGGUACUUCCUGUCCUGAACCUGAAGUAUAAAGGAAAGAACAAGGUCUUCAAGUAUGAUCCAUCCAAACACUGCCACAACAUCAAGAGACUGGAGGCUGCGGAUGACGUCACAUCAGUGUCCAAGCUGACUUGGGAGCUUGAAGGUGGAAACGAUGAAAUCAGUAAGAAAAUGAGAGGAGAGUUUCCAAAGCAGAAACCGUGUCCCAAAAGAUCCAAAAUAGACUUGAGUUUGUUUCUUAGUAAUUUGGCUCAAAGAAAUGCAAAUAAUGCGGCUGCCAUUGAAAACAAACCCAAAGUGGCGAUCCAACAAAACGGACUCUCCGCUACAAAGACGGGAAAACAAAAAUCUGUUUGUGUUUUGGACAACGACGCCGACUCUGAAGACGAAAUCAGAAUGUUGGUUGCUCAGGAACAUUUGAGGAACCCAAACAACGACGACGACAACCUAGAGGUGGUUGGAGAUGAUUUUAUUGUCAAGUCUAACGUUUUCUGGGGUGGAGUGGAACAAGAGUCCCUACUAACUUCAAAAGACGAUGAGGAAUACGAUUCUGCUGACACAGAUGAAAUACUCACCCAGAGAAAGACCCAGAAAACACAAAGUGAAUCUACACCAGCUAGUCCAGAUUCCUCAACAAAAUCCAGUAAAAAUGUGUCUUCAUCCACAUCUGAUGAUGAUGAUGUUAGCGUAGAUUCUGAUUAUGAAGCAAUGAUGGGGAACUGCUACCGUUUAGAUCUUUCCCUAGCAGACUUGGAGCAGCUAGCUAAAAAAGCAGAGGUGAUUUCAGAUGAUGAAAGUGUCGAAGAAACCAAGAAGACCCCAAGAGCUCCACCCAAAAGAACAGGCAAUAACCCAGAAGAUAUUCUCGCCUCGAUUCGUGGAGACGCCACCUCUGAGAAAGAGAAGAAGAAUCAGGUAAACACUGUAUCUCUUCCUGCUUUCAUUGGAACGAAGGAUCUCUUUGGAGGUCCAGAGCCCAGCCUGAAAAGAGUUGCCCAAAGUAUAGACUGUGAAUCUCCUAAACAAGACCUGAAAUUGAAAGAAAAAAGCAUCUUAGAAAAUACAAGUCAACUGCAGACUUCAAACCGUCCAUCUCAACAGGUAAUGUCCACUUUAAAGGUACAAUCAACCUCAAAAAAACUGGAGAAUAAAGCGUCCAUCUCAGAAGAUGAUUCUUCUAGUGAAGAAUCAGAAAGCAGUGGUAAUGAAGAUGUCUUCACUUCUAAAGCAUCUUCAGCGUCACAAUCGGUAAGAACCAUCACUGAAGCCAAACUAAGGACUGUUAGGUCUAAUAACUCAAACACCCCAAACAAACCCAAUCAGACGAAGACCUCUAGAUUCUCCAGCAGUGACUCUUCUAGUGAAGAAUCGGAAAGCGGUGAGGAAGAAGAUAGUGCUGGAGUUUUUAGAAAGACCUCCAGAUCCUCCAGCAGUGACUCUUCUAGUGAAGAAUCAGAAAGCGGUGAGGAAGAUGGUAAUGCUAAAGUCUCCAUUUCUAAAACAUCUUCAGCAACACAAUCGGCAAGAACCAUCUCAGAAACCGAAGUAAAAACUGUUAGCUCUAAUAACUCAAUCAAACCCAAGCAGACUGUUUCACAUCAAACAGUUCUUCACUCAACCGUCAUAGACACUCGGAAACAACAGCAGGGCAACCAGAAACGUCUCGCUGCGCUGGAGCAACAUCAGAAAGAAACCGAACAGCAGAGGAAACUCAUUCAAGGCGCUCUUUCUAAAGUGGUGAGACACAGUGAAAGCGAAAAAAGUAAACGCAUUGUGUUUGAUUCUGAUGAAGAAGAGGAUGAAACCACAAGCAGACCAGAAGAACAACCAACAAUUGAAAAAAGCCUCUUUGAGGACGAUUCAGGAUCCGAUGAAGAUCAACAAACGUCCACUUUGAAAGAAAAGAAGAACAACAAGCCAGGUGGCAGCAAGCUGUGUGACAGUGAAGAUGAGGACGAUGGUGCUGAGGACGAACGGUUCCAGAUCAAGCCCCAGUUUGAGGGCAAAGCUGGACAGAAGCUCAUGAAGCUGCAGGCUAGUUUCGGAACUGAUUCAAGAUUCCAGGUCGAUUCUAGAUUUCUGGAAAGCGACGAUGAGUCUGAAGAUCAAGAUGCAGCGGCUCCAGAAAAAGAUGCAGACGAACAACUUCUUGAGGGGAAAAAGAAAAGUCUAGACAUCCUCCAGAGCAUUUUAAACACCAGCAUACAACCACAAAACACCAGAAAGGGCAAGACGUUCAAAGAUGUUUCGAGCCUGCAUUACGACCCGACACAAGAAGAACAUGCUGCUUUAGAGACCAAGACAGAGGAACCGAAGAAAGAGAGCAAAGCAGCGAGAUGAAAGAAACGCAAAGAGGCUGAAACGCCUGUGUCUAAGGACAUUUACUUUGACAUCUCCGUGGAUUUGAAGGAGGUCUUCGGGACAUCUGAAGAAAACCAGGAAGAGAAGGAAACGGUUUCAUGGGAUAAAGAGGCAGAAGAGACUGAAGAUAUAAUGAAACCCAUGGAGGUUUCCUUCACGUCUAAUGUAGAAGCAAAAGAAGACACUUCAGGUGGAUUCAAGUUCUCCUUCUUUGGCGAGGACACAGCUGUAGAGACGACCACCAAGACAGACGAGUACAAAAUAGAGACGUUAAAAGGAGCCAAGUUCUCUUGGCAAGUGGACCCUCGUUUCCAGGACAGCAGUUCAGACGAGGAAGGCAGGGACGAGAUUGAGGAGGACCAAUCUGCUUCCAGCAAAAUUACAGAGGAACCGACAACAUCAAAAAAGACGUUUUUCUUUUUCUAUCAAGAUGACGAAUGGUUAAAAGAGGGGCCGGGAAUGUUUUGUAGAAGUGUAAAACUACACGACCAGAGGGAAGCCUGGGAAGAGAAGAGGACGUCGCUCAGAGAGGAGUGUCGCAGGAAACACAGAGAUGCCAAAAGACGCCAGAGGCCUUCGCUGAAGACCUGAACAAUUUAAAGUAUUCAAAGACAUUUUUUACAGAGAAGAUGACAGGUUUUCAGAGACAUCUUUGCAUAUUCUGUUUAAUAGCUAUAAUUUAUUGUAAAAAAAAAAAAAAACCUGCUCUAAUGAAUAUUCCCUUU